GAUUGGCUGAAGGUCAAUGCGUACUUCGCUCGCGGACUAUCACGUCCAAGUCUAACCAUAUAUCUCGACUCGAGACGAUAAUUAUUAUCGCUCUCAAAACAAAUCUAAUUAUAACCUUUCAAUUGAUUACACAUAUACUGUCGUUCGGUGCCCGUUUUGAGGAUGGCCGAGAGCGAGGCAGACACGCCAAGCACCCCGAUAGAGUUUGAGAGCAAAUACUUCGAGUUUGAUGGAGUACGACUUCCACCCUUCUGCAGAGGAAAGAUGGAGGAGAUCGCCAACUUCUCCCUCAGAAGUAGCGACAUAUGGAUUGUCACGUAUCCCAAGUCAGGUACCAGUCUACUUCAGGAGGUGGUGUAUCUGGUGAGUCAGGGGGCGGACCCAGAUGAGAUUGGUCUGAUGAACAUCGAUGAGCAGCUUCCUGUUCUGGAGUACCCUCAGCCUGGCCUAGACAUCAUACAGGAGUUGACGUCUCCUCGUCUGAUAAAAAGCCACCUGCCCUACCGCUUCCUGCCUACAGCCAUGCACAAUGGAGAGUCCAAGGUGAUCUACAUGGCGAGGAACCCUAAAGAUCUUGUGGUGUCUUACUACCAGUUCCACCGCUCCCUCAGAACCAUGAGCUACCGCGGAACCUUCCAGGAGUUCUGCAGACGCUUCAUGAACGACAAGCUGGGAUAUGGUUCCUGGUUUGAGCACGUGCAGGAGUUCUGGGAGCAUCGCAUGGACUCAAACGUCCUCUUUCUGAAAUAUGAAGACAUGUACAAAGACCUGGGGACGUUGGUGGGGCAGCUGGCGAGGUUCCUGGGUGUCUCGUGUGACAAGGCCCAGCUGGAGACCAUGGUGGAGAGUUGCAACCAGCUCAUAGAGCAGUGCUGCAACUCAGAGGCCCUCUCCAUCUGCAGGGGUCGCGUGGGACUGUGGCAGGACAUCUUCACCGUGUCUAUGAAUGACAAGUUUGACACAGUGUAUAGACAGAAGAUGGGCAAGUCUGACCUGAACUUUGACUUCGGCCUGUGAGGACCGGACCGACUGACCACAACGACACGAACACGGACUACACUCCUCCUCCUGCUGCCUAAACACUGUACACUCCUCUGCCUCUCUUCAUCAAUCAAUCAAUCACGUAUUGGAUAUAAUGUAUAUAUCAAUCGCUCCACCGCCAAAGACUAUAGCUGUCAAUCAACCAACAAAUCAAUCACCCAAUAAAUUAGUCAGUCAACACACCAAUCAAUCAAUAUAAAGAUUGCAUCCUUAAAAAGCUCACAAAUCAAUUUUGAUUUAUCAAUCAGUCAGUUUCUCAGCCAAUCAGCGAGAUCCUGUUUUAGCCCAAUGUGGCACAGAUCCCAUCCCCCACCCCCAUCUAUGUCCCCCCUCUCCACCCAUCAUUUCAUUCCUCUUCAGUAUGUACCGCUGUGUAUGUAUACCAGUGCUCUUUAGCGAGUUGUGUAUGUGGCAGAGGCCCCAAACCUGAGGGAAACGCAUGGAAGGUUGUGGCGCCGUCGCCAAACCAAUACAGAUGAAGCUUCCACAUCUUGUUCAACACUUAACGUUGAGACAGUGUUAUGUUUUUUAAACGCUGUAUGAAUGCUAUGGUGGGGAAUCAUAAGUCCAGCUCAGAGUCAAAUAUAGAGACCACCCAUGACUGCCCUUUGAUACAGAGCAAGUGUUCCAUUUUGGCUGUAUCCAGGUCAGUUCCUGUUUGACCUGUUUGUCCUUCAUUUUAGCGUUUUUCACUUUCAGUACAUUACACAGUUUGUUUGUUACAAAAAGGCUUUCAAUGGGCAUUAGCUUAAUCAGCACUAGACUUUUUGUAACAGCCUUUCUUGCUGAAGUGAAUGGGGAUGUGUGUGUGUGUGUGUGUGUGUGUGUGUGUGUGUGUGUGUGUGUGUGUGUGUGUGUGUGUGUGUGUGUGUGUGUGUGUGUGUGUGUGUGUGUGUGUGUGUGUGUGUGUGUGUUUGUCUGUACAUGCUCGUGUGUGAGCAAAAUCACAAAAACAACACAUCACAACUGCCUUUCAUAUCAGUUCUGUUUGUUCAUGCUGCUAAAGUGAUGCCUUUCUCUGUCCUCAGACCCAUAGCCACCUAUAGAGUUAAUGUACCACACUGAGUCAACAGAGUAUCCCUCCAUGUGACCAGCAUUCUCUGUGUGCUAUCCCCCAAGUACAUGUCCCUUCAGACUGGAUCCAAAGUUGGAUGGAUGGAUGCAUUCAUCCCUCCCCAAAGGUUAGGCAUCAAAAUAUCAUCGCCCUCUGUUUGUCAUCAGAGCCCCCUUUCUCUUCUAUUGUUUACAUCUCUUUCUCUUCCUCCUCUCUGCUGUAAAUGCCCUCAGACAGACCAGUAGACCUUCUCCUCCCAAACCCUCUGCUCUGCUGGACACUUGUGAAUGUGUUUAUUGAUGUGGAUGUAACAACCUCAACAGACCCCUCCCACAGGCUCACUUCUCUGCUUUAGGACUUCCCUCUUUCACUUUCUCUCUCUCACUCACUCGCUCUCUCUCUCUCUCUCACUCUCUCUCUCUGUUUCUCUCUCUCACUCACUCUCUCUCUCUGUUUCUCUCUCUCUCUGUGUUUCUCUCUCUCUCUCUGUUUCUCUCACUCUCUGUCUGUAUCUCUGUUUCUCUCUCUGUGUGUUUCUCUCUCACUCACUCUCUCUCUCUCUCUGUUUCUCUCUCUCUUUCUGUUUCUAUCACUCACUCUCUCUCUCUCUCUGUUUCUCACUCACUCUCUCUCUCUCUGUUUCUCUCACUCACUCUCUCUCUCUCUGUGUUUCUCUCUCUCUCUCUCUGUUUCUCUCACUCACUCUCUCUCUCUCUGUUUCUCUCUCUCACUCACUCGUUCUCUCUCUCUGUUUCUCUCUCUCUCUCUGUUUCUCUCUCUCACUCACUCUCUCUCUCUGUUUCUCUCUCUCUGUCUGUAUCUCUCUCUCUGUUUCUCUCACUCUCUGUUUGUAUCUCUCGCUCUCUAUCUCUUUCUCUGUAUCUCUCUCUCUGUUUCUCUCACUCUAUCUGUAUCUCACUUGCGAUUCAAUUCAAUUGGCUUUAGAAACAUGUGUUUACAUUGCCAAAGCUAGUGGCAUAGACAAUAAACAAAAAGGGAAAUAAACUCUCUUGUCAGCUUUUUCUCUCAUUCUCGACUUUUGGCAGUCCUGCUGCAGCCCACCUCCACAAGGGUAAUGUGGUGUACUGUUUGUUUGGUUUUUAUAUGCCUGUAGGGUUGUCCUAACCUGGGCAUAAUGCAUCGUACUUUACAUGCUUGCUUGCUGGUUUAUUAAUAAAGUUAUGUAUUCAGGACAA